AAUUAUGUAACAUGAGAACUUCCGGUAUGUGAAAGACCAAACAAAAUUAUCCCAACGAACUGAAUAUUUAAUGCUGGAAGACAUUGAGAAUGUUUGAUGUUGGAUGACUACAAUCAUGUCUGGUGAGAUAUUUAACCCACCUGACAGUUUAGAUGAUUUGGAUGUUACACGAUGGAACCCACUCAUGUGCUACCUGUGUAAUGAGAAGUACGAAGAACCAUUUAUUCUGGGAUGUUACCAUAGCUUGUGUUCUCGUUGUUUGAGCGGGAGAGAUGUUGAAGGGAAAAUGACUUGUCCACUCUGUGGACUAAGUACACAAAUAAAGGAUGGUGAGGAUCUGCCUCCUUCUGACAGAUUGAUGAAGUUUCUGGUAGAAUCUACUGGGGAAGAGAAAGAAAAAUGUGCUAACUGUGAUAAUGAAUUUGAACAGAUGUUCUUCUGUAACACAUGUGACCAGCCAUUGUGUGAAGCAUGUAGAGAGGAUACCCAUAGAGCAAAGAUGUUUGCCAAGCAUGAUAUUGUAGUCUUAUCCAAACGAACAAAGGAAAUCCACAGGGAAUGUGCAAUCCAUCAAGAACCAUACAUUUUAUUCUCCACAGAAAGAAAGACAAUGUUAUGUAUUAAUUGUUUUAGAGAUAUGAAAGUGGAAAGUAGAUCAUAUUGUGUAGACUUAGAAACAGCUUAUACCCAGGGAUGUAAGAAGUUAGACCAAAGCAUGAUGGCAAUCAAGGACUUACAGAUUUCAGUAAGGGAUGCUAUAUUGCUGUUAAAAGUUUUACUUGAAGAAAUUGAACAUAAUGCGGAAAAAGAAAAAACAGCAGUCACUGAAUUAUAUGAUCUAUUACUGGAGAAAAUAACCGAAACUAAAACAUCAUUAAUAGAGAAGGUUGAUAGACAAUAUCAAAGUAAAGAUAAGGCCUUCAAAGCAGAGUUAGUGAACUUGAGUACACUGUUACCCACCUUACAUACCCACCUAGUUACCAGUGCAGCUUUUUGUUCAUCAGCAAACAGAUUUGAGUUUCUAGACUUAGCAUAUGUAUUAAUGGAGAGACUUAAAUCAAUCAUACAAUUACAGCAUCCACUUCAUCCAUCACAGGGUAGUCAGAUUAUCACAGACUUUAAAUCCAUGUUUGCUAAAUGUUUAGAACCUCUAUUGUUUCCACCACCAAAGACAACAACAAUAAUCACAAGUACAUCUACUAUAGGUUUAACUGGAUCAUCACUUAAUUUGUCUUCAUCAUCUUAUUCUGGUUUAAGAACCGAGUUUCCCAGCACAGUAUCUGUAAACUCAUCACCAUCUCACACUCCACAGUAUCCACAGAGGGGACAUGCAGGGUAUAAUUCACUCAGGUUCAAACUCAUAGAGAGUAAAGGAAUCUUUGCUGAACACUGUGUUGAGUUUGAUACUUCACAUAAGGAACUUUAUUCCAAUACUGAGAAGUUGAAGACUCAGAUCCAGGAGUUACAACGAGAUCUGACAGUCAGGAGAUGUUUGGCUAAGAUGACUAUGGUUACAGAGUUAGAUCUACAGAUUGAAUCAUUGCAGCAAGGUCUACAAGAACAUUUUACUAAAAACGAACAGAAACAAAUCUUAUUGGAAAAGCAUUGGGAAGAUUCAGUUCAGAGAAUAGCUACAGAACAGGAACUUUACCAAGCACAACUACAUGACAUCAUAAGAUUAAAACAAGAAACAGAAAAGCUGAAAACUAUUCUGAACAGAAUGAGCUCAUUCGUCUCCUCCAUAGCAUCAGUUACUGAAAGGAUUGCACCUAAACUUGGCAAGACUACUAAAGACUGUGAACAUGAUACUAAUAUAGCACAGCUAUUUGAACAGAUCAAUACAAUGAAUCCAGACUCACAACACAGGGUAGAUGCCAUUAGAACUGCUCAGGAAGAGAGGGAAAUACUAACAGCAAAUAGACAGAAUCCUUUGGAUGAAGAAUUAAUCAAAACAAAAGGAAAGUUGAAAGCUCCUUCUGCCAGGAAGGAGGUCGGAAGGAGAGAUUCUACAAAAAGGAAUUCUAGAGAAGUUAAGGAAAAUGUCUUGGAUUCUCCCAAAUCAGAAGAAAAGGAAACAAUUCAAGAAAAACAAAAUGGGCAAGAGAAAGAGUCAGCAAAAUUGCAAAAAGACUUAAAUACAAUAGAAAACACAGAAAUAGAGAAAAAAGAUUCUACCCAAAAUGUGAUAGUGAAUGGUAUAACAGAAGAUAGUAUAGUAAUUGAUCCAAGUACUGAGAAAAAAGAUGAUGUUAUAGAUAAAAAAAGUGAAAUUGAGGCUAAAAAGCUUCUAAAAUUAAAGCAAAAGGAGAGAGAUGAGGAAAUCCUAACAUCACCAACAUUAAAACAAAAUCAGAAAGAAGACUGUCUACAAAAAUCUCUUGUGUCUCCAAACAUUGAUGAAAAGAAUAAAAAAACUGAGAAAAGAGACAAUGUUCAAAAUAAUAAAAGUGAAAUUGAGGCUAAAAGGCUUCCAAAAUCAAAGCAAAAGGAGAAGGAUGAGGGAAUGCUGAAAUCACCAACAUUUAAACAAAAUCAGAAAGAAGACCGUCUUCAAAAAUCUCUUUCUGCUCCAAAGUCUGAAGAAAAGAAUCAACAUACAGAGAAAAAAGAUGAUGUUCAAAAUACCAAAAGUGAAGUUGAGGUUAAAAGGCUUCCUAAAACAAAGCAAAAGGAGAAAGAUGAGGGAAUGCUAAAAUCACCAUCAUUAAAACAAAAUCAGAAAGAAGACUGUCUUCAAAAAUCUCCUUCUUCUCCAAGGUCUGACGAAAAGAUUUUAAGAAAUCAUGAUGCAAUUGGCAGCAUACAAAUUGAAUCAAAAUUAGAGGGAAAACAACAGAGAAAAAAACGAAGUACUUUUGAUUUUAAUGAUACUGAAUGUGUUAAAACAUCGGAAUUGAAUAAUGAUCUGAAACUUGAAAAAUUAUUGCAUGAUGAUCCUAAACUUGAAAAAUUAUUGAAUGAUGAUCCGAAACUUGAAAAGGUGCUAGAGCCUAUUGAUUUAAUAAAAACUGAUGAUGAAGCAUUCACUUUACCUAAAGAUUUUGUUGCAUCCACUGUGAAAGGAUUUGAAAGUCACAGUUUGCAAAAUUCUCCCGAAAAGGUAGAUAACCCUGUCAGGAGGACAAGAAGGUCAAGGAAAAAUAAACAGUCCCAUCGGGACUCUCUUUCAUUAUUGGACACAAACUGUGAUAAUACUCAAAAAAGUGAUAUUCAGGAAGUUCCAUCUGACAAAAAUACACUUAAUGAAACUUUAGAAGAUCUUUUAAACACAUCAACAGGAAGUAGCAUUAGUGGAGAGCAAAAUGGUAUUGAUCAAACUAUAGAAUCAAAUUUAUUUGAAGAAGACUAUGAACAUAGUACAAAAUGUAAUCAAGUUAAAUCAGUUGUGAGAAAGUUAUCAGAAUCUGUUCAAUGAGUGUUUCCACACUGACAUUUUGCAAUUACCUUGAAGGCUACUCUGUUAUCCAACAAAUUGGUGCUAAUUAUUUCAUUAAUCUUGUCACUUGAUUGCAAAGCUGUAGUGACACACAGAGAUCACAUCAUAUGUUUUGUAUUAUGGUCCACGUUACAAUUUGUUAAUCCUCAACUCCUGGAAAACGGCCCGACAGAUUUCCACCAAACAUGUACAAUUUCUUCUAAACAUCUGCUAUUUUGAAAACUGAUGUUAAGGAUUUUUAUGACCCACCUACGAUAGUAGAGGGGCAUUAUGUUUUUCGGUCUGUGCAUCUGUUCGUUUUUCCGUUCAUCUGUUUGCCCAUCUGUCCCACUUCAGGUUAAAGUUUUUGGUCAAGGUAGUUUUUGCUGAAGUUGAAGUCCAAUCAACUUGAAAUUUAGUACACAUGUUCCCUAUGAUAUGAUCUUUCUAAUUUUAAUGCCAAAUUAGAGUUUUUACCCCAAUUUCACGGUCCACUGAACAUAGAAAAUGAUAGUGCGAGUGGGGCAUCCCUGUACUAUGGACACAUUCUUGUUUAUUUUGCAUUCCAAACAUUUCUCCUUUCUGCUUUAAUUAUUUGGAGAAAUUAGGGGACGCACAUUUUCAUUGGAAGGCACACAUUUAAAAAAAAUUUAUCUGAUUUAAAUACUCCAACAUGUCCAAUUUAGUUAUUAUCAAGCAUGUCGGAAAAUUAAUCAAACUAGAAUUAUUGAAAUUUGAAUAUGAAAUAAAAGAAUACAGGAACCCAAUAUCAAAAAUAUCAAUUCAACAUGCCUAAAUCAUUUUUUUUCCGGUUUGCUAAUAAUUUUUUAACAAGAGUUCAACCUUUUAUCUGAAGAACUAAACACAGAAAUCUUCUGCUCAUAGAUGUAAAGUUACACAAGGCCUUCAAAAAUUGCUCCCUGGAGGCCUGUUUACGAGCAGUGUUUUGAAGGUAACAGACAAAUGAGAUUGUUCAUGAAAUUAUUUAGGUGAAAUUAACAUGAUUAAAGACAACUAUUAAAGACAAACUAUUCAACGCUAUAUUAGAGAAAUUCAAGAAAAGGAAAAAAUAUAACUUUUCACUUUUAUUAGUAAACAAAAUCUGAAUGUCUAAGUAAUAUAACUCUGCCUCCAAAAUAGUUUACCUGUACCAAUAAAUAACAAAUGCAUAAGUAUUACUGUAUUACCCCUGACGGACAACAGCAUGAAUAGACUAUUCUUCAAGAGUUAACAUUAAUGUCUAAAAGCUUCGCACGCAACAAUUCAAGCUUGUUGAUAAAGAUAACAACUAUUCAAAUUCACAAUAGAGGAAAUCUAAAUCUCCCUUGUAAGAUAAAAUGAGAUUUUUCAUAGAACUUAUAUGGCAUUUUAUAACUUGAUGUUUUGUUUUGUUUUACAGUUAUCAUCAUGUUCAUGUUAUUGAUGUUUUUAAAAUUCAGUUAAUCCAUAUCAAAAUAUAUUUGUGAGCUUAAACAUUAUUUCAGGUACUCUAUAUUGUUUAAACGAACAUUUAUUUUCAAUAUUUUGUCAUUUAUUUAUUGACAUUUUACAAUCUAAUUAAGAUUAGUUUCGCACUUGCUCCUCAUUUUGGUUCGGUCGCGUGACAUAUAAACAUGAUAAACAACCGAAUGAAAAUGAGGAGCAAGUGCGGAGAAAUAAUUUUAAUUAGAUUGGACAUUUUAAAUCUGGUUUCAAACAAUACUAAAUCUCCAAUAAAAAAAAUGGGUGGUUUUACAUUCAAAGUAUUUUACCUCCAUCAUUUGGCAUUUGUGCUUUAGAUUGAAAUUUGCAACCUAUUAAAGUUUUAUUUUGACACCUUUUCUGCUCACAUCUCAGACUCUGCUAAUUACCAUAUACUUUUAUAUAUAUAUACAUCUUAGUUGCUCAAAUCAGUGUAGCAUGUUACAGUACUUAUUGCACAACUUAGUGGUAGAGUUGAAGAUGUAAAUAGAGAUGAGUAGAAAAAUGAUCUAAAUAUUGACUUCUUCUGACAAAAUAGUGCUAAAAAUACUGAAGAUUCAUUAAUUUUGGUGUUGUAAUGCUUUUUGCCAUAUUAUAUGCAGUAUCAACACAAUCUAACAAGUUGCAUUGUCAGUAAGAUACAUAUCAUUAUAUUUUACAACCUUUAAAAUAAAUGCCUCCAAACAUAGUGAUUAACAAAAGUGUGAAAUUUACUUUGUUGAAAAUAACGCCUUUGUAGUAUUGAUAUUACUUCGGAUGAAUUGAUAUUAUAGUGUUUUAUGUCAGAAAUGAAUUAAAUUGAAAUAUUUAUUUCCCUCCUUGAUUCUUUGGUUUUAGUUUUACAGGGUUUAACUCCAUUUUUUUAUACAUUCAGACAUAGUAUAUGAUUUUAUGAUGUUGGAAAUUUAAGGCCAAAUAAAAUCAGAUUUAUAGUUUAAA